UUACAGCACUGAAAUUAAAAAUGAGUUUUUUACAGCACUGAGGCAGUUUUAUUUUUUUUAGCAGUAUAAACACCUAUAAACGGUAAACCCGUUGCAAUAGCACUCAUUAAAGCGCCGAAGCCAACGAAAACGAUGGGCGAGCAACCAAUUUUCACCUGCCAGGCGCACGUCUUCCACAUCGAUCCGAAGACGAAGCGAACCUGGAUCACGGCCAGCAUGAAGGCGGUCAACGUGAGCUUUUUCUACGACAACUCCCGAAAUCUGUACCGCAUCAUCAGUGUCGAGGGCUCCAAGGCGGUUAUAAAUUCCACAAUCACGCCCAACAUGACAUUCACACAGACAUCCCAGAAGUUCGGCCAGUGGAGUGAUGUUAGGGCGAACACGGUAUAUGGCCUGGGAUUCGCAUCCGAGGCGGAGCUAACUAAGUUUGUGGAAAAGUUCCAGGAAGUCAAAGAGGCCACAAAGAACGCAAUGAAAUCUGCUAACGGCUCUAACGCUGUCACGCCUACCACAUCGGCCAAUACGUCGCCCAUCUCAGGACGGGCGGUUGGUGCUAUGCAGAAUGACAACACGGCCAUCGAUCCUCAUACCGUGGAGCCGCCGAAUUUGAGCAACACCAAUUCCCAGAACGCCAAUCCGGAUAGCCCCUCACACAAGUUGCUGAACACCAACGACGUGAAAUCGGAAAUAGGAUCGGCUACGCCAUCGCCUCAACCCACCGUUGGAGCUGGGGGAGGCGUCACCAUCUCCUCUGGUGGCAGCAUUGUUGGCAUGCACACGGGUCCAGGAGCGGGUGCCACAGCUGAACAGCAACUUAAGUACGAAAAUGAGCGUCUGAAAAUGGCCCUGGCGCAAAGCUGCGCCAACGCCAAGAAGUGGGAAAUCGAAUUAGCCACCUUGAAGAACAACAACAUUCGCCUGACCAGUGCGCUCCAGGAAUCUACGGCGAACGUAGACGAAUGGAAGCGCCAAUUACACACGUACAAGGAGGAAAACAUUCGUCUUAAGCGAGAGAUGGACUUGCUUCGAGUAGGCGGAGGUGGAGUGGGUGUCGCUUCCGGCAGUGGUGGCGCAACGGAGGACGAGCUGCGACGCGAGGUAGCCACAUUGAAGGCGCGAACAGAGCAACUGCAAACCGAAUUGCUUCAACAGGAAAUUGAACUUAAAUCUGCCAAUAUUAGUUUACGCGAAAAAUGUAAUGAUCAAACGUUGGCCAAGUUGAGCGAGUUGAACGUCAAAUUUGCCAAGCAGCUUUCGGAACUUCAUGCAGUGCAAAAGGAUAUGGAGAACGUUAUUCAUCCUGCUAAGUGCACUUGAGACACAGAGAUUGCGGUUAUGGGAAAGGUUUCAGCGCAGGAACAGUCUACAAUAGCAAACACUACAACGACAUCAACGGCAACUUCAGCAACCACGACUAGUAAACGAUAUUUAAGCAACUACCCUAUAGGCGAAGCCGAGAACACCCUCUCCAACGUCACUUCUAUCCACACUCAACUUCAGUCGUCGCUGUACGAGACCCAAAACACAGCCCAGCUGAAGGCCCUAGACAAGCACUCCGCCCUGUUGCAGGAGCUGCAUCACCGGCAGGCGGCUCCCAGACGCAGUGCAGCCGUCGUAGCCGCUGAAGCAGCUGCUGCCACCGGUUCGGGAGGGGCAAAAACAGCCACCAUACUCGUUUCUAAAUCAAAAACCAAAACUGGGUUGCCCCUGUUGCUGAAGAACUCCAUUAACAAUUAGGGAAAAAUCAAAGAGUACGAAAAAUUAGUCAGCGGCAUUUUUGUAAUCUUUAUAUUGGUAGUUUGUAAAGAAGAACAGGGAAAUGAAAAUCCCCACGCACUCUAGUUUCCAUCACUGAUUGCAAGCUUAUAAUCGUCAUUUGUGUGUUGUAACGUCAUUUAGUAACUUCAAUUCAAAAAUAGAUUAAACCAAGGCUCAGUAUUUCCUCAACGUCCUUGUCGUGGCACAUUUGUAGGCUUUAGUCGAUCGAUUCUCGUGCGCAUUAAAGUGCAAUAUAUAUUUAUCAAUAAUGUAUGAAUGAUAUUAUGUGCUCUAUUCACUUUCAGCUACUUGUUAAUUAAUUUUUAAAGGACUUGACAAAAUAUCAUUUCCCAAAGAAUAAUCCGAGAAUUUCUGUCGAACAAUUGACACGCUGAUUACCUUUUAAACGUGCUCGAAUUUUUUUAAGUAUUUUUAUAUGAAACCUAUUGUAUUCUCAAAAUUUUAGUCAUAAAUUCAUAGUGAUUAUUUAUUGUAAUUUAAUUUGACCGGUGUAUCGCAAUUGAAUUUUUAAAACACAUUUCGAAAGCCUCUCCCUUUAUUGCAGUUACGCACCGAUUUAUUGGAAUUAAACAUGAUAUUUAUAAAUAUAAAAUAAACGCAUUUCAUAACUAACAAUGACUUAGACGACGAACACACUAGAGCAGUAUGAAAUAUAAAGCAACUGAAAAUAAAAUUAUAAACUGAAUUAAGCCCAAGUAAAACACUAGAAAAGUAAAUAUAAACAAAAACGAGUCAAGUAUGAGCAUCAGUGAAAAACUAGUUUAAUAUCUUAAAAAAUACUAUAAUUCGUAUAUAUGCUUGCGUACAUAUAUAUUAUAUCGAAUAAUGAAAAAUAAAGACGUAACUCAGAAUAAGCCAGCUAAAUUACCACUCAACCAACUCACAAAAUCACACCAACUAAACGAAAUGGUUAUGAAGGGGUAAUUACAAACGUUUGCGGUUAUAUUCAAGCCAUAUUGUUAUGCACUUGAUGCAUAAAUUAUCCAGUUGAAAAAAUAAUAAUUAAUAAUAAAAAUUAAAUGUUGAAAAUACAAUUUAGCAGUUAAAAGUAAA